AUGCGCGAAUCUGAAACAGUUUCAAACAAUAAACGUGCACUUGAAUUUACAGAUGGUGCACUGGAUAAUCCCCUGUCAGAGCCAACGAGAGCAGGACACGUGGCGAAUUUGCCGUUCCCUGCUGACAUAUACAAGGCUCUGCUGUCAGGCGAAGGGGACCAGGACGAGGAAGAGGGAAGGGGUCAGGCGGAGGAAGGGGAGGGAGAAUGGGAGGGGGAAGGAGAGGGGAAAGAAGAGGGGGAAGCAGCGGCAGAAAAGGGAGGAGGAGGAGAACGGAAAGGAGAGGGAGGAAGGUACUUACCUUGUGAGAAAGAAAAAAACACUUCAAUUUCUCGCCUCCCUCCUGUUUCCCUUCAUGGUGUACCGCGUCGCCCCCUUUACAAGCACGUGGCGGCCGCGCUCUUUCGCUAUUGUCACGCAGGAGGCUUGCCUUCAGCCGUGCUGACGUGUCAGGGGAUGGAGGAGAAGGAGGGGAGGCGUGAAGAGGAGGUGGGUCGGUGGCAUGGGACUGUUAUGGACGCUGGUGGCCGGCUUCUGGAGCUUAUAGAGAAGCUUUGUAACGAGUACAGCAAUGUUAGUGGUCCAUGGAAGGAAAUGAAUGAAUUUACAAAUAUUAAGGAUUUGGAGCGAAUGGGGAAGUGGGAGGUGGGGGAGCAGAAGGAGGGGGGGCGGAAGGAGGGGGAGCAAAAGGAGUGGGGGACAGGGGAGAGGAAGGAGGGGCAUAUGGAGGAGCGGAAGUUGGGGGAACGGAGGGCUCGCCAGCUGCAUGUGCAGGCGGAAUACCUGAAACAGCUCUCAGGUCUGAAGGAAUGGGGGAAGGUGGGGGCUUUUGAGACGUCUCAAAAGUCGGAAUACCUGAAACAGCUCUCAGAGGGAGCCAAGAAGGUGGAGGGGCGAUGCAACCUGCCCCCUUACAGCAGCAUUAUUGCCGGUGAUUGCAUCACAUUCAACAACACCCUUACCCUCGCCGUUCAGUCCGUGCAGGCUUACCCCACCUUCCCCCUCAUGCUGGCGUCUGAAGGGCUCUCUGCCGUGCUUCCUGGAGUCGAGGCAUUGGAGGAAGGUGCGAAGAAGUUCAGCACGGCCUAUGAUCCCUUUACCUUGUUGUUUCCUUCUACUGCUCUCCCUCUUGAAUCUUUUCUUCUUCCAACUCUCGCCUCCCUUCCCCACACUGCACCCCCCUCCCAUUCACCCUUCCCCUCCUCCCUGCCUCCUCCCAAAUCUUCCCAUUCACUCCUCUCCCCCACUCCCGGCAUCCUCCCAAAUCCCUCACUCACAUAA